UACUGACAUGAGAAUUGCAACCUGGUUAGAAUCCAGCUUCUCCACUGGGUGAUCCUAAGUGAUUAGAAACCCAGGAGAUGGGCUUCUUCCUUUCAGAGGCAGACAAGGUUCUUGCCUGCCUAUGUCCUUAGACCAACACGGCCACAACCUGCCUUCCUGUCACAGUUCCUAUGUUAGAUUUGAUAUAAUUCGAAGAAUUCUAACUAAGUUUUUUGGAAACGAAGUCAUCAUGGUGAUGGGGAUAACGGACAUAGAUGACAAAAUAAUUAAAAGAGCCAAUGAGAUGAAUAUAUCACCGCCAGCUCUUGCUCGUAUUUACGAAGAAGACUUUAAACAAGAUAUGGCUGCAUUAAAGGUUCUUCCACCUACAAUAUAUAUGAGAGUGACUGAAAACAUUCCUCAGAUAAUUUAUUUUAUAGAACAAAUAAUUGCUAAUGGACAUGCCUAUGCAACCUCCAAAGGCAAUGUUUAUUUUGAUGUCAGAUCUUGGGGAAACAAGUAUGGAAAGCUGACUAGUACUUAUCCUAAUGCACAAGAAGAAACAGCUGAUACUGAUAAGCAACAUGUCCAAGAUUUUGCCCUGUGGAAGGCAGCCAAACCUCAAGAAAUUUUUUGGGCUUCUCCCUGGGGAAAAGGAAGACCCGGCUGGCAUAUUGAAUGCUCAACCAUAUCAAGUACAGUGUUUGGAAACCAACUGGACAUCCAUACUGGUGGCAUAGAUCUUGCUUUUCCUCAUCACGAAAAUGAAAUUGCACAAUGUGAGGCUUAUCAUCAAUGUGAGCAAUGGUGCAAUUAUUUUUUACAUUCUGGGCACUUGCACAUUAAAGGAAAUAGAGAAAAAAUGUCAAAAUCAUUAAAAAACUACAUUACAAUUAAGGAUUUUCUGAAGAAGUUUUCCUCAGAUGAGUUCAGAAUGUUUUGUUUGCGCAGCAAUUACAGAUCAGCAACUGAAUUUAGUGACGAGAGCAUGGAUGAUGCAAAGAACCUCCUUUGGGCAAUUUCUUCUUUUAUUAAUGAUGCAAAUACUUAUAUAAAAGGACAGCUGGUGUGUGAGCCCAUUAGAGAAGAUGUAUUGUGGGAGAGGCUAGCCAACACAAAAGUGAAUGUGAAGGCUGCAUUUGCAGAUGACUUCGACACCUCCAGGGCUGUUUCUGCAAUUAUGGACCUCAUUCACCAUGGCAACAGACAGCUUAAGGCUGUUACUAAGGAAGUUGGAUCCCCUAGAAGCCCGAUUGUGUAUGCAGCCAUAAUCUCCUAUAUCGAAAACCUUUUUAACACAGUCGGAAUAUCUCUUGGAGAAAGACAGGUUAUUUCAGAAGACAGAACUCCAGUCAUGUUCUCUGGUGUGAUUGAUGAGCUAGUAAAUUUCCGUAUCAAGGUGCGCAAUUAUGCUCGUGCAAUGCCUGAAGCAACAGAGGUAGAAAGUACCGUGCAAUCCCAGGAAGCCAAACUGGAAGAGAAAGAAAAGAGACGGUUGUUAUUGCUGGAGAGGGAGCCCCUUCUGCAGGCUUGUGACAACCUGCGUCGGGACCUUGCUGCAUUUGGAAUCAACAUAAAGGAUAGGGGGGCUACUUCUACGUGGGAAGCUGUGGAUCAAAGAAGAGAACAGCAAAGAACUGAAAGAGAGAGAUGAUUUAGCACAGGACGUGCUUGGACUGAUUGUAUGACAUUGGUCACUUUAGGAACAGAUGUAAAUAUUAUUCCCAAAUAAAAACUUCAGAAAGGAACUGCAAACUACAAGAGUUGCUGUAAUUAAUAUUGUGGUAACCUGAAGCAAUACCAGUCUUGCUACAAUUCUCAUUAUUAAAA